AUGAUGAAUAGGAUGAUAAUAAGGCUACUUGAUAUUGGCUUAUUGCUAGUGGUUGAUGAUUUGAUAAAAUUGAUGAUAGCAAUGAUGAUAACGAUGAUAAUGAUGAUGGUGGUACUGGUGAUGAUGAUGAUGACGAUGGCGUUAAUGAUCGUGGUAGUAAUGGGCAAAUUUAACGAUCUAUUAAAUGUUCCGAAAUUUUCAGCAAUCUCAGGCAAUGAUCACUGUCGUAGUGAAAUAUCUCUCGACUUGCUUACCUCUAAAGUCAGCUGUUCAUGUCGACUUAGGCCUAGGAGUGCAGUCUUCUGCUAUAUUUAUUUCCCUCUUCCUCUUUAUAAAUGA